CCGGAAAACCGCAACCGCUCACCUUCAUUGAUAAUGCUUUGGUGUUCUACUGCUAUUGUAGGCCUACCUGAUCACAUCGAGAACAUAAAACACUAUAAAAGGAUUUCCUGCGUGGGAAAAUAGUAGAAAAACACGCUGCACACAUCAUGCUUGACACAGGUUAUAUUGCCCAGUCGUUCGAGCAGGAAUCAGUAAAACAGGCUUUAUUUCAAACGAGGCGGGAUUGUUAGCUUUUGCAUCUAAUUAUCUUUUGAUGAGCUUUUGCCAUCUGUGGUGGGUGGACUGCUGUGCUUGCACGUGUACUUCGUAUUUUUGCACCGAGUUCAAAACCGGCCGUCGUACGCCAGUACGGUCCGUGGGCUGAACUGAACACAUAAGAGCACCGCAUCUACUUGGCGAGUCACUGUACAGGAGUUGGUAGGCUGAGAGUACCAGAAUAAAAGGACCUGGGUCGACUUUGUGGCGCCCACUGCAAACUGAAAGAAUGCAUCCCUGGUGGAGAGCUCAUUUCGAUGAGCAGUCUUACUACAACCGCUGUGCCAAGAUGGGCUGUGAUGACGAUACGAACAGCUGGUUGGAUCUGGAGGAGGCGGAGUACCAGACCAAAUGUAUCUAUGUCGUGAACGACAAGCCGUGCCAGGGGGAACCAGACGAAUGUCGGGCCGCCGCCUCUUUGCCUGCAAAUCUGAAAUACGUGGAGAGGGAUGGGCAGAUUGUGGGCGUGGUUGCGAGAGACUAUAUCCCCCAGGGGACGCGUUUUGGACCCUUGAUAGGGCAGAUAUACAGAGAGGAGGAGGUGCCAAGAGAAGCCAAUCGCAAAUACUUCUGGAGGAUCUACAAAGCCCAGAAGUUCAUCCACUACAUCGACGGCUUCGAUCCGCACAAGAGCAACUGGAUGAGGCACGUCAACCCGGCCAACUCGGCCUGCGAUCAGAACCUUGUGGCCUGCCAGUACGACACGGAUAUCUACUUCUACACGGUCAAGCCGAUCCGGCAAGGAACGGAGCUCCUGGUGUGGUACUGCAAGGAGUUCCAGCGGAGAUUGGAACAGCCUGUUGCCAUGGAGACGGCAGCUGGGGAUGGCGGGAAAGGUGUUAGCUCACGAGUGAACAGUGCCUCCCCUGUUAGCGAACCCAAACACGACCAAGCACUAGACUUCAGCAUGCCACCACGAACCACCUCCUCCGGCAAAGCAGCAGCAACUGCAACCACUACCGUCCUAAACCUGUCCUCAACACCAGCCAUCGCUGUUGAUUUCCCAGAGCGGUUGUCGACCAAACGGCCAAUUGGUGUACCGGUCGGCGCCAUCGUGGCCAAUCCGGCCUCGGGUCCGGGUUUCAGUCAUCCCAUGAUGAGUCCACAGACUUCCCCCGUACAGACAGGUGCUGCCGGGGCAAUGCCCCAGAACAUGGCCGAGUUGAAGCCGCAACCUGCCCACCAGAUCCCUAAGCACGUAGCCGAGGCAGCCAGCAAAGCCGGAGUGCUCAUCCCCCAACCCAUAUCCAUGCAUGUGGGUCGACACCAAGGUCUUCCAUUCAUCCUGCCCCAGUAUAUGUACAAUCCCUUGCUGGUGAGAACCCCAUUGCAGAACGGUAUGAGCAUCAUCCCAUCUCCAUCCAUUCUCCGUACUCGUGGUUUUGAUUCCCGUCUUUCUAAACCAGACAUUCGUGAUGAUCUCUCCAAGGACACAAGUCUCCCGAAAAACUCCUCGCCAGGAGCAACAGCGACACACCUCAGCAAUUUCUUCCAAACUAGUGUGCCGAGUUUCUCACUGCCCAUUUCAUUCGCGGACGUCCACUCUCAAUCCAAUUUCAAGCAGGAGACAUCGAAGGAAGACGGGUCCAGCUCACCAUAUAAGCUGACUCGCAAGAGGCCCUCUGGCAACGUCGAGUAUGGCCACAAAUCGCUGGAGUAUCAGCUGCCAAGGAAGAACGGCAAAAUCAUGUACGAGUGCAACGUUUGCAAGAAGGUCUUUGGGCAGCUCUCCAAUCUCAAAGUGCACCUCAGAGUACACAGUGGCGAGCGUCCCUUCAGAUGUGAAGUCUGCAGCAAGGGUUUCACACAGUAUGCUCAUCUCCAGAAGCACCACCUCGUUCACACUGGAGAGAAACCACACCGAUGCAAUGUCUGCGAUAAGUGCUUCAGCAGUACCAGCAACCUCAAGACCCACAUGAGACUCCACAACGGUGAGAAACCGUACACUUGUAAGCUCUGCCCGGCCAAGUUCACCCAAUACGUCCACCUGAAGCUCCACAAGCGAUCGCAUCUCGAGGAGGGCUACGUCUACGACCCUUCUGAGGAGGCCAACCUGUCUGUCUCCCCUUCGCCUUCUCCUUCUUCUUCUUCUGAGGGUUCCCCAUCGCCGGCCAAGAAGAUCAAGACGGAGUUCCAGAGUUACCAGAGUCAUUUGGUGAGCACCGAUGUGGCUGAUUAUUUUGGACAGAUGGGGGAGGAUAGUCCAUCACAGUCUUCGGAGAGCAGUGAGGAGAAGGAAUCUCUACCAGAGGGUUCUCAUGCACAGACUUCCGGAGUAACAGAGCAGCAUCCUGAUCAAACAUCCAUGACCACCUUUCGAGAUGGAAGCCCCUCGUCUGUCAGGGGGUCUCCCCCGCCACUUGUGCCCAUCAACAGGGCACCUAUGAACAGCAACGACACCCAAGACAAGCCAGAAGAGGUCAACACUCUCGUGCACCGCGAGAGUGGUGACAGUUAUCGCGAGAAAAGUGGCCGCCCCAACGACGCUGCACUCUUUGAGACAGAUGCGAGAAGGGAAGCAACAGUCAACACCAAUAACUCGUUGGCAGUAGGGAUUGAUUCGGCUCACAAACAGAAGGAAAAUUCUGAAGGAAACAUCAAAUGUAAACUUGAAAAAUGUACAGUUAUACAAUCUCAGUCCCACGCAACCAAAAUCGAAAACGUUGUACAAAAAAUCUUAAGCAAGGCGGUGCAGAGUAGUUAGAUGCUGCCUACACUGCACCCAGUUAUUGAUUCACCAGAAACUUUAGUUUUCUAUUAUUUUGACUGCGGGAAAUCAGUGGGUUGUAUGAGUGCUUUCUUAAAAGGGAUCUUGGAAAAGUUUCUUGAAACUUUGGUAUUGUAAUUUGUGCAACUCAGACAAUUGAAAUCAUAAAGCCAAUAAUGUUGAUUGCCCAGAUUGAUUUAUAUUUUACUAACAUUCCUAAUUAUUUAUUGUGUAUAAGAACUAUUGAUUGAUCGUCUUCUGAAAUAAUCGACCUUAAUUCAUUAUUUAUUAAGUUAAGACCAUUCCUUAAUUAAUCAAGACUAUACUCAGAGACCAAAGAAAAUUAAAUGCCAUUUCGAUUAGAUUAAUUUUGUAUUCCGACUAUGAACUUUGAAGCCGAUAAAAGUACGAACAAAAAGUGUACUCGAUGUUUGAAAUAAUAUUCAAUAUCUUUCCUACAUAGCCUUUUCACCUGGUAUUCAGAUGUGUAUUUACCAGAUACAUAUUAUGUAUCUUAAAAUAAACUAUAGAGUGUUCAGACUAUAAUUUGAUUAGAACAAAAGUACUGGUAGAGUUGAAAAGGCGGUGUCUUCCUUUCAAUAAGUUUAAAAAUGUAGUUAUCAGAGAUUCUUUUUCCAUUAUGUAAUUUUUAUAAUGUAAAUCUCUUCGUUGAUUUGAAAUGAUCUUGGCUUCUGAAGGAUACAAGAUAAUCAGUAUUCUAGCAUUAUAUCAAUCCAGCAGUACUAUUUUCCAUUCGUCCUAUCAGCUUCGUAUAUUGAGCGACGUAAAUGAACUGGUUGCAAUGAAUUUGAAAAAUGGUUUGACGACGGAAUUGUGUCUAUUAAUUAAUCGUUGUGCACGAAGACACCCACGAUUGCGUAGGAUAGCCACUUCUUGCACACCGAAAAUUUGAAAUUUAGAAAGUGUGUUAUGCCAAACAGUUCGUUUAAACGAGUUCAUUCAGCUGUAUUUAAAGCCAACAAAAAUCAUACGAGUUCAUUCAGCUGUAUUUAAAGCCAACAAAAAAUCAUACGAAUAGGACCUACUAUCCUUCUUUGUACAUGUACAUGUAAUACAUUUUCAUUUUCCAAGUCCAUGUCCUUUCGUACAUUAUGAAAGUGACACGCGAUGCACAAAGCCCGUUCAGUGUAUCUGUCAUUGUUAAUACAUUUCAGACUGACAAUUGCAUUUCGGAGCAUUCAAUCAUUCAUUCACGAUUCACAGUUUUUGAAUGUGAUUUUUUUUGCCUUCUAAUUCUACCGUGGGAUAACGUCCAUCUUGUGCAUGUUGAUGGCCUUUGUUGAAGAACUGGAACGCUGAAUGUUCAACGUUGUAAUUUACAUAACAAAAUGAAGUCGGACGUCGUCUUCGCGUUCACUCAGAAUUAUACGUGUACUUCUUUUCAACAUCCACAUUACUACCCUGAGAAAACAGGGCAUAUACUCAGAUGAACAAAAAUUGAACCUGUCAAAGUAUAGCCAAUAAAAGAACAAAGAAUUAAAUUUCGUUCAGAUUAAGUAAGUUAUUUGCAGUUGACCCCACACGAUCUGCUUCGUUUGUAUACUUCUUUUAUAUACUGGUUGAUGUAAUUUGUAGAGGAUGUAAAAAACAUGGUGCCGGUGAUCAACAAAUUUUGACAUUUACCACCAAUUUUCCCACUUGAUUAAGUGCCUUAUGACCGUAUGUAUAUAAUUGAUUGGCAGGUGUUUACGAUUGUAUUGCUACUUUUCUGCUAAAAGUUGAAAAUAAUUCCGAUUCCUGUGCCUUACAAAUUUCGAAUUAUUUAUUAAAUUGUUUUUAUUUAAAACCAA